AUGGAUAAUCCGUCUGAAAAUUUAACUAUGAUCGAACAUGACAGUGUCGAGUCAAAAAAUGCCUCAUUUUCAGUUAACCUUAAUUUACCCCCAUCUGAUUCUUCUGAUAGUCGGAGCUCCCAAGAAAGCAGCAGCAGUGGUGAGGAGGAAUCAGAAAGCCAAGUUCAACAGAAAUGAAAAUUCUCAAUAGUGCUAAUGAAAACAAUUUUAGAAACCUUGCAUGGGGUAAUCCGUGCAAAAUUGAGGAUUGCAAAAGCAAAAUACUUUUAUAAAUGAAGGAAAAUGCCAAAAAUCGAUCAUAAGCCUUUAAUUGCUUUGAAAAUUAGAAGCAAAGUCCAGAUUCUACUUAAUGUUUUUAAUUCAUAUUGAAAAAGAAGGAUUUCUUCUGCCUUUAUAAAGUUGGAAGAGCAAAAUCUUGUAUAUAAAAUCAGUGAGGAUAUUGAAAUAAAAUCAAAGGAGACAGAAAAAAAAUUUAAGCAAAGACUAAAAGAAGUAAGUGAAGCAGCAAAUAAAAUUUACCAUAAGCAAGAAAAGCUUGAAAAGAAAUCUAAUGCUUGCUUUCAGCAGGAAAAUCUAUAUAAAAAAACAAUAAAAAGCUUAAAUGCAGAGUAUCUCAGAGAAAGGGAGAUUAUUUCAAAAAUCGAUUCAGACAAGCAAAGUUAUAGUAUCUUGACAGCACUAGAAGUGGAGAAUCAGCAACUUAAAAGUGAUUUAGAGGAUAUUGAGAGCAGAGUUGUUUCUUUUUUUGAUGAUUUGUCAGGAAUGAUUGACAGCCACCAGGCAAGAGUUUGGGUGAAAUCAAACAAAACAGGAUCUGUUAAGUUAUAA